UGAAAAACAGAUGGGGAAGAUGCUGCUGUGGACAGGUCUGGCCAUUUUGCUGCACUUGCAGCUUGGAUCUUCCUACAAGCUGGUCUGUUAUUUCACGAACUGGUCCCAGUACAGGCCUGAUCCUGCCAGAUAUAAACCAGCAAAUGUGGACCCCUGCCUGUGCACACAUGUCAUCUAUGCCUUUGCUACUAUGAGCAAUAACAAGAUCGCCCCCUAUGAAUGGAAUGAUGACGUCCUCUAUCCACAGUUCAAUGGUCUAAAAGAAUACAAUGAGAAAAUGGUCACCCUUUUGGCGAUUGGAGGAUGGAAUUUCGGCACCCAGAAGUUCACCACAAUGGUUGCUACAGCUGCUAACCGCAAGACUUUCAUUGAUUCGGUGAUUACGUACCUUCGUCAGUAUGGGUUUGAUGGGAUUGAUCUGGACUUUGAAUACCCAGGUUCUCGGGGCAGCCCUGCUGAGGAUAAGCAUCGUUUCACUAUUUUAGUCCAGGAAAUGCUGGCUGCUUUCUCAAGUGAAGCCACCAGGAGUGGGCAACCCAGACUGUUGAUCACAGCAGCUGUAUCUGCUGGCAAAGCAACCAUUGAUGCUGGAUAUGAAAUUGCAGAGAUAGGAAAGGUUCUAGAUUUCAUCAGUGUGAUGACCUACGAUUUCCAUGGAGGAUGGGACACCUUCACAGGUCACAAUAGCCCCCUGCAUGUGGGAUCUGCAGAUAAAGGCGAUUUUGUGUACUUCAACUGCGAAUUUGCCAUGAAAUACUGGCUGGAAAAUGGGGUUCCUGCUCAGAAGCUUAUGAUGGGGUUUCCUACUUAUGGCCGCACCUUUAGGCUUACCACAGCUGACACAUCGGUUGGCGCUCCCGCAUCUGGUGCCGGAUCCAUUGGACCUUACACAAGAGAAGCUGGUUUCUGGGCUCAUUACGAGAUUUGUACGUUCUUACCAGAAGCGACAAUCGUCUGGAUUGAAGAUCAGAAAGUCCCUUAUGCCUUCCUGGGGAAUGAGUGGGUUGGGUUUGAUGAUUUAACCAGCUACAAGUACAAGGUUGAAUUUUUGAAAGCAAACAAUUUUGGAGGGGCCAUGGUUUGGGCCAUUGACCUUGAUGAUUUCCUAGGCACUUUCUGCAACAAGGGGGCAUAUCCUCUGAUAUCACAUUUGAAGACACUCCUUGACAUACAAACUCCAGGUUGUGUAGCUCCACCCCCUCCAACAGUCCCACCUCCUCUUAUUUUCUGUGAAGAUAAAGCUGAUGGUAUCUAUGCCAAUCCAGAUGACAAAUCAAAAUUCUAUGAAUGCUAUGGGGGCAAUACUAUUGUCAAGAGUUGCGGAGACAGUCUGGUGUUUGAUGAGAGCUGCAAGUGUUGUAACUGGCCUUGAGCCUGUGGCUACCAACAGUCACUAAAUAAAGAGAUGGAAUGGCAUGCAAGACUUCUCUAUGAAGUGGGUAGUUCCUAAUGAUAAGAAAAAAUAGAUGGGAGCAAAAUGAGCAGAGGAAAUAAGUGACAAAUGGACCUUAACAGGACCUUAACAGGUGAUGGGAAACACUUUACGAAGUGCUGGAGUCCAUUGUGGUUUGGGUUAAACACACACACACACCUUUCAGGGUCAAUUCAGUUUCUUCAAUCAGACCUCAGGAUGUAGGUUUGUCCAGGAAUAUUCUAUACUCUCUGGCAAGAAGUAAAAAGAGCCUAUGAUGCUAGACAGAUUCCGUAUCAGAUUAACUGCCAAUGAAAUUCAUACUACUUGAGUGAUAUGCUAAUCCCUUGAAAUUGAAAAACAUACACACUGACCACACAGAAUAAUUUUCUGAAUUUUAUUAUGUAGUAAAACAAAUGCAUUUGGCUAUCAAUGAUACACUACUAACUAUAAUAAAAAGCAAGGUACUGGAUGGGUGAAAUAAGCACUAUAUGGCCUUAUUUCAGUUUGAAUGUUUCUCUGUCAACUGUAAAUAUUUCUUCUUUGCUAUAAGGCACAUGGUUUUACGGACUGUCUAAUCUGAACCCUCUAGCUUGCAAGAUGUAUAAGGGAAGUCCAUACUUAGGAACGGUAGGAAAUGAUAUAUCAGCAUGUGGCUCCACUGGAAUCACAAGGCUCCCACGUGAAACAGUUAAGUGUAAACAAUGUUUAGAGAAAUCGGGAGUUCCCAAAGGAAACUGUAAGUUCCAUAUAUAGGGAGGGUUAUAUAGAUAUAUUGGGUUAUAUCCAACACUGCCAUUCUGUGCAUGCAACAGAGUUUUGUUUGUGCAGUGGCAUUUUCUCUCUCAGAGCACCCCCUGAACCUGCUUUUUUUUGGGGGGGGGAUGAGUAAAGGAGAGGAAGAGAAAGUCCCAUUGUGCAAGUGGGCCACUGCUUGUGCAGUGUUUGAUACAACUCACUUUAUCAUGAUGCCAUAGAUAAGAUAAGAACAGCAACAAAUAGCAGGUUGUGGGCUAGCUAUAUACUAUCUACCAGUGCUGAGUGAGAAAGGUGCAGUAGUCAAUCAACAUGUUUCCUAUCAAGUAUGUAUUUCCUCCCAUGUUGUAGAACAGAUUGUAUGGAUGAGCCUACAGUUGUUCACAAUGAAAUAUUCAUAUACCAUAUAUAACAUAUUGCAAACAUAUGUUCCUAAGUAAAGUACCUGUGCCUCAGUUCAGACAUAACAGGAAACCAUGGUUUUUCACUUUGAGAACAAGUUAGAGAGUCUUAAGCUCACAUGCUCCUUCCCACUCCUCCUCUUUCAUGCAAGUCAAGGAGAAGAUCAAAAGCUUCCACAAUUGAAUUAAAAGAACAAUAGUUCCUCAUGAUGCCAGAAUUUUUGAAACUGUGGUUUGUUUAAACUCUGAAUAGUGAAAACUAGCAAAAUUAGAACUGUGGUUCCUGAUCUCAUUUUAUUAAUCCAAGUUUGGACAUCUCAAGAAACUGGUUAGUUUAAAAUAUAAAGGUCUCCUCUCCACAGGCAUGAAAGUAGAGAAUGAAGGAGAGAUUGCACAAACCUGAGGUUCAUCUAGUGAAACCAUGGUUUCCUGCUUGGUAUGAACCAAGCCUCUCUUUUCCCCAGCAGAGGGUCUCUAUGUGUAAGGGGGUGCACUUUUCAGUGGUAAAGCAGCAAGAGUGAACAGCAUUAAGAAUCACCUCUCCCCUGUUGCCUACUUCAAAUUUCAGCCUCCGUAACUCCGUAACUGCAUUAUGCAAAAGAAGAGAACAUUGCAUAAAAGAAAAAACAAAACUACACAUACAGCAACAUGCAGAGAUAGAAAGCAGGCACUGUGGUGCUUGGAAAUACAUAUCAGGCAACCUAUCAUCAUAGCAUACACAAUAACAGCAGAUAAAUGAGCCACAUGCUUCCAAGUCCUCUUGUGGUGCAAGUAGCAUGGGGAGGGUCAAGAAGUAAAAGGUAUGGGAGAUUCCGGAUCUGGGAAUUUCACCAGGAUGUGCUGCUGCAGGCAGCAGUGACUCACAUUUGACAUGGCUUUUGUGGGCACUGUGACCUCAUAACUCAAAAUGUUGGCAAGAUUUUCCAAAGUUGGUCUACAAAUAAAAGUGAGUCCGUGCCAAUCUGUGCUUCUC